AUGAAAUACGUCCUCAAAGGAAUAAUCCUGAAAGUUAUCUCUAACGAGCAAAUCUGGGAGCUUUGCCAAGAAACCCCGAUUAACCAACAGAUCAAGGGACGCAAGUGGAUAGGCCAUACACUACAAAAAGUUUCCAAUGAUAUCCCCAAGCAUGGCCGUCCCAUACCCUGGCGAUUUACAGUUGCAAGUGACGCAAAGAGAGCCGAAAAGACUUGGAGCGAGAAAUCCCCAUCCAGGGUCAAGGACAUUAAUUUAAGUAAGCCUGUAAACUAG